CCGUGCUUUUAUUUUGAAGCCCGAGCUCUGUUGAGGCUCGUUUGUCGUCAGAGCCCGACAGAGCCCGAACCCGGUCAGCGGGUGUCGGUUCCCCUCCGCCGGACCGGCCAUGGAUCCGCUCGGUGACGUCCAAACCGCAGAACCUGCGGCCGAACCCGCCCGGAUGAGUCGCAGACAGACCCUGACCCUGAUCUCCAUGGCCUCCGUCAACUUCAGCUCCAUGCUCUGCUACUCCAUUCUGGGCCCGUUCUUCCCGAACGAGGCUGUGAAGAAAGGAGCCAGCCAGACGGUGGUGGGACUCAUAUUUGGCUGCUACGCCAUCUGCAACCUGAUUGGCUCUCUGGUCCUGGGGAGAUACAUCGUCCAGAUCGGGACCAAGUUCAUGCUGGUCGCCGGACUCUUCGUGUCUUCAGGAUGCACCAUCAUGUUUGGCUUGCUGGACCGCGCUCCCGCAGGACCCACCUUCGUUGCACUGUGCUUCAUCGUGAGGUCGGUGGACGCCGUGGGCUUCGCCGCUGCCAUGACCUCCACGUUCGCCAUGACAGCAAAGAUCUUCCCCAACAAUGUGGCGACUGUCCUGGUGAGCCAGGCAGCCUUUGUCCUGCUGGCACGCCGCUCUCGCUCGUCACGAGGAGACAGGAAUGUAAGCUGUGUGUUUCUGCAGGGCAGUCUGGAGAUCUUCACAGGACUGGGGCUCAUCCUGGGCCCCCCCGUGGGGGGCUGGUUCUACCACUCCUUCGGAUACGAGGUUCCCUUCAUGCUCCUGGGCUGCCUGCUGCUGGUCAUGGUUCCAUUCAACAUCUACGUCCUGCCGUCCAUCGAGGCUGACCCCUCCAAGGACUCGUUCCUGCGGCUCCUCAGCCACGUCAAAGUCCUCCUGAUCUGCUUCGUCAUCUUUACGCUGAGCUCGGGUCUGGGCUUCUUCGACGCCACGCUGUCGCUGUUCGCCAUGAAAACGUUCAACCUGUCCCCGGGCUACGUGGGGCUCAUCAUGCUGGGCCUGUCCCUGCCGUACUGCCUGGCCUCUCCUCUGAUUGGCUAUUUCACCGACAAAUACCCAAACUCUAGGAUCGGCCUCACGGUGACGGGGGGCGUCCUCACAGCGCUGGGGUUCUGUCUGCUCGGUCCAGCGCCGUUCCUUAACAUUCCCAGUCAGCUGUGGCUGCUGGUGCUCAUGCUGGGGAUAAUCGGCUUUUCUCUGGGAAUGACCGCCAUCCCCACCUUCCCGGAGAUCAUCGUCUGUGCUCGGGAGAGGGGUCUGGAGGAGGGGCUCAGCACUCUGGGGAUGGUCUCCGGCCUGUUCGGAGCCUUCUGGUCGACGGGCAUGUUUUACGGCCCCAUCGUGGGCGGCCUCAUCAGCCAACAUCUGAGCUUUGAGUGGGCCGCCACCAUCCAGGGGGGGCUGGGCCUUCUGGCUGUGUUUGUGUCCACAGGCCCUCCUCCUGGGGGGGUACUCCCUCUGCGAGCGCCGGCGGGGGAGCGUGCAGCAGAUAGAAGACCACACGCCUUUGCUGAGCGGGGGGAGCGUCUGAGGGUGGGGGCCGGCCUGCAGAUGGAGGGAAGACCUGAUGGCGCCGGCGCUCUGGUUCUACGAGGUUCUACGAGGCUCUACAAAGCUCCAGGUUGUUCCGGCGCUCGGCUUCCUGCCCAAACGUGCUUUUGUCCGGAGUUUUCUCUGCUUAACAGCUUAGGUCCGGAUUAUUCCCGGACCGGAAUCUGCAGCUCCCGCUUCACACGGAGACCUUUGUUGGUAGAUUUUACUGUUAAGUUGUACAAAAUAAAACGUUUUUCUGAACAGAAUGUUCUGAGACGUGGAUGUGUCUGACACUAUUCUGACACGGUUCUACCGCAGCAGUAAC